AUGGCAAAUCCAGCAGAGUACGUAUCUUCUAAUGUGACGCAAAAACGUGCCGUAUUAAUGAUAGUGAAUGAAUUUGUCAAAAACCUGAAAAGUAUAUCUGGAACAUGUAUGGAUGUCGGUUGUGGUCCCGGAGAUACAACAAAUAAUAUUCUUUUACCAACUCUCGACCCAAAUGCUACAAUUAUUGCUGGUGGAACUAUUUUCGUACUUUUUUUAUUAUCUCAUGAUGCAUAUGAAGUAUUGAAGAAUUUUAAACAAGAUGUCCGUUUUGCGUCUUACAUUCCGAAUCCGAAGAAAUAUUUAACGGCGUUUUUUAACUUGGUUCUACCUAACGAGGACUUAAAAGACCUACUUGAAAGUAUCCUACUUGAAAAUGUCGGAUUUAACGUUCAACAUUGCAGUCUUCGGGAGAUGAAUUUUUCCGAGAUAAAUGCAGAUACAGUGUUACGUUCGAUUUUCUCCCUUUUUACCUUCUUGAAUGCGAUGCCACCUGAACUACAAGAAGAAUUUAAGGUUGAAUUUUCACGUGAAUAUAAAAAUUACAAAAUAAAAUUGUGUGGUAAU